UCUACUCCUCUCUGUUACUCCAUGGCCUAUGGCCCUGUUAUCGUCGGGGAUGGAGUGACGUUAACAUGAAGUUGUCAACGUCGCUGAUGGCUUAACCAUAUUUUGGGGUUGCUAGCUGCGUUUUGAGCAUCCAAAAUGCAGAUCCAAACAUAAGCUGAAGGUUUGUAUGUGUAUUGAAUGAAUGGUAAAGAACGAUUGUGGAAUCUUAACUUUUAAUUAUACCGUUGCGGUGUUUUUUUUUUCUGUCACUUCUGACCAUCGUUAUAAGGAAGCCAACCAAGCUGGACAUCUUAUUUCCUUCUUUAUCUUCUGAUUUAGAGUGAUCAUGGGAGCUACAGCCAUGCAACUCUUCCAAACCCAGGUGACAUCGUAAGCGAUGCUGUUACAUUGUGUAAAUGCUCUUUUAACCCCUCAUCAGAGGCAAGUUGACACCCACGAAGAAAAGAGGCUAUAUAUUCGACUUAUUAUGCUCAAAGCUGACAAGUCAUGCUACGCAGCUGCCUAGUGGUCAAACUCACUCCACACUUCUCAUUCUUCACCCAAUACCCAAGACCAUUGAAUUGCUGGAGAUUUCGAUGUGGUUCCUCUCGUCUUUGUUAUUCCAACUCUUGUAUCAAUAUAAAGUGCACACUCAACAAAAAAAUUUCUUAUAGCUUCUUGGGGGACCAGAAAUCUCAUUUGAGUACUUCAAGUCAGACAGCCGCAUCAUUAGUUGAGUGCUCUGGAGGAAUUACUAAUAGACUUUCAAACAAAGCUAAGAGAAAAGCUAUCAAUGAAUCUCCUGAAGGAGUCCUAAGGCAUAAGCUAAAUAAAUGCUCUAAGGAUGGGGACAUGGUUGAGGCACUUAAGCUCUAUGAUGAGGCACGAAGUAAUGGCGUUGCAUUGAAUGCGCAUCAUUAUAACAUAUUACUUUACCUUUGUUCUUCUCAUGCUUCUGUCAAAAAAGAAAAUAAGAGUGAUGAAAAUACAUUGAAUUUAGGCCUUAAAAGGGGUUUUGAGAUUUUUCAGCAGAUGCUAAUUGACGAAGUUGCUCCAAAUGAAGCUACAUUUACAAGUGCAGCCAGGCUUGCAGCUGCAAGAGAUGAUCCUCAAAUGGCUUUUGAAUUGCUAAAGCGAAUGAAAAGUUGUGGUAUUGCACCCAAGCUGAGAUCAUAUGAACCUGCCCUUUUUGGAUUCUGCAAGAGGGGUGAUACAGAUAAAGCUUAUGAAGUUGAUGCAGACAUGAUUGCUUCUGGGAUUAUGGCUGAAGAGCCCGAGCUUUCUGCUCUUCUAAAACUCAGUGUUGGUGCAAAAAAGGAAGUCAAGGUCUAUGAAAUGUUGCAUCGUUUACGUGCUACUGUGAGGCAGGUGUCAGAAUCAACUCUUCAAAUUAUUGAAGAUUGGUUCAACUCUGAACAUGCAGCAAAAGUUGGAGAAAAACAUUGGGAUGUUAACAUUAUGAGAAAAGGGAUUGCUCAGGGAGGUGGGGGAUGGCAUGGGCAAGGAUGGCUUGGAAGCGGGCAAUGGAAGGUGGUGAAGACCCAUAUAAAUGAUGCUGGUAUGUGUCUCUCAUGCAGCGAAAAGCUUGUGAGCAUUGAUAUUGAUCCAAAAGAGACUGAAAAUUUUGCUACCUCAUUAACUAGAUUGGCUUGCCAAAGAGAAGCUAAGGCAAACUUUAACCAUUAUCAGAAGUGGCUUCAGCGACAUGGUCCUUUUGAUGCAGUUGUAGAUGGUGCCAAUGUAAGCCUUGUCAACACGCAAAAUUUCAGCUUUUUGCAGCUUAAUUCUGUUGUGCAGCAAUUGCAAGAAAUGAGUCCUUCAAAAAGAUUGCCACUUGUAAUCUUGCAUGUAAGUCGGGUCACUAGUGGUCCUGCUCAGAAGCCACAUAACAAGAAACUGUUAGAAUAUUGGAAGAAAAAUGGUGCUCUUUAUGCUACACCUCAAGGUUCCAAUGAUGACUGGUAUUGGCUGUAUGCGGCUGUUAGCUGUAAAAGCUUGUUGGUGACAAAUGAUGAGAUGAGAGACCACUUAUUCCAACUAUUAGGUUCUAGUUUUUUCCCAAGAUGGAAGGAAAGGCAUCAGGUUAGACUGUUAACCUCAAAUAGUCGGCCUUCUCUCAUCAUGCCUCCACCAUAUUCAACAGUUAUUCAGGAAUCAGCCAAUGGUAGUUGGCAUGUGCCAACUGUGAGUGAUGAUGAUUAUGAGACCCCAAGGCAAUGGUUGUGUGCUACCAGAUCCAGAAAUGUAUCAUCACUACGUCAAUUGUGGACUUCUUCCUCUACAUCCAUGGCUGCAUAGGAAAUGGGGUUUGUGAAGUCUUUCAAUUUUGGUUCCAGCUCUGAGAAAUGAACGAUUUAGAUUUUUUUUUGGGUUAAUUUGUUAUUACAAAUUUAGUAUCUUUAAUUUAGAACGAUAUGUAAAAUAAACAUUUUUUUAAACUAUUUUUGUUGAAAUUAGAUUUUAA